UCUGCUCUCGUCACUGAUAUGAUGAGCAUCUCCCUUCCAGCCUUACCCAUGGAUUCGUCCUACCACAAAAAGCGGUGUCGAGAAGAGUGCACGGGACCGGAGAGGCACAGCCAACUCUGGUUUGACGACGGCAACAUCGUCCUGCUGGCAGACAACCUGGCGUUCAAGGUCCACCGCAGCCUGCUAGGCAGACACUCAAUAGUGUUCAAGGAUCUGUUCGAAUUGUCUCAACCAUCGGCAUCCGUCGAUGAGCAGAUGGAUGGCGUCCCGCUUGUGAAGCUUCAUGAUUCUCCUCACGAGCUUGCUGAUCUUCUGGACGUGAUAUACAAUGGCACGAGGUAGG